UAUGAGUCCCGCCUGCUCCGGUGCUGAUUCGCCUCCUCCGAGCGCGAUGCCUGGGGCAGGAGCUCGGUCGCAGCCUCCCACCGACGAGCCCGUUCACGGCCGGGCUGCAAGCGGCUGCUGCGGUGCCCUGGCUGGGGAGAGCCGCAGGAGGGAUCGACACUGCUGCCCAGCCGCUGUCCUCGGAGCCAGCACCAGCCGCUGAAGAACCCCCUGUGCCUCCAUAGGCAGCUCCCGGUAUUCGGAAGCCCUCGGUGCUAUGCAGUUACCCUGCUGCGUGCCGGAUUUAAGGCAUCCAUCCAAGUGGAUGUUCGCCCCUCUCCUCCUCCUCCUGGCCAGGCCCAGCUAUGGCACCCAACACGUUUACCAAUGGAGAGAUGCUGUAACCAACAAGCAGCUCACAUGCCAGCGGUGCCCACCAGGGACCUUCGUGCUACAACACUGCACUGAGAACAACCAAACGUGGUGUGAGCACUGCCCGGAUUUGCACUACACACAGUACUGGAACUACCUGGAGAAGUGCCGCUACUGCAACGUUAUCUGUGGGGAGAAGCAGGUGGAGGUGCAGCAGUGUAAUGCUACCCACAACCGCGUCUGCCAGUGCCAGGAUGGAUACUACUCCGAGAUGGAAUUCUGCAACCGGCAUUCCAAGUGUCCGCCGGGCUUUGGUGUGGAGAAGCUGGGUACCCCCUUUGAGAACACCCAAUGCGGUGCCUGCCCCAGGGGCUUCUUCUCCUCCUCCAGCUCCAGCACGGAGCCGUGCCAGCCCCACCAGGACUGCGAGCAGCAGGGCAAGGUGGUCAACGUGGAGGGCAACCGGUACCAUGACACCCUCUGCACCUCCUGCGGGCAGGAUAGGGCCAAUGGCACACGGGGACCAGCAUCUCCAGGUGAUGACGACUGUGAACAAGCCAUGAUAGACUUCGUGGCAUACCAGAACAUCCCCAUCCGGAAGCUGAAGCGCCUGCAGCAGAUCCUGGAGCACACACCACGGAUGCAGGCGGAGGGCACCAGGGCAGCCAUGCAGGAGAAGUUCCAUGCUCUCCUCACCCGUCUCAAAGACGGGUCCCCGGUCACCAAGGAGCUGCUGCGGGCACUGAGGACUGCCAGGCUGUACUCCAUUGAGGAGCAGGCUCGUGAGCGCUUCCUGCUGCGCUGAUGACACCAACUGGACCUUUCCUGGGUGGUUUUGGCUUUGAUUUUUGGGUCUGUGGCUUCCUUAACUUAUUGAUGGUUCCAAACCCCCAGGGCAGUGCUGGGGAUGAGAGAUGGGUCCUGCUCUGCAGCACUGCCUCUGGGUUGGGAUGGUGGGAGCAGCAGCAUCCCUGUGCCAGCUGGGUGCUGCCAUGACAUCCCCAGCCUGGGUCAGUGCUGUAGCAGAAGGGGAGCUAUGCAGUAGUCUGGGGCAGAACGCGGUCAGAAACCUGCCUGGCUUUGGUUUAGGGUCUGGUUUUGUUGGGGUUUCUUUGGUUAUUUAACAGGGUUUCCCAUGGAGGAGUCACUUGUCAUGGGUUUUGAGAAGGGAGUUUGCUGCUGAGGAUGCUGUAGGAUGCUCCUGAAGUCACUGCCGGCCUUAAAGUUGUUCCUAAAUGACCUAGUUUUAUACCAUGUUUUCAAAAGAAAUGGGUGUUUAGAAUGUAAAGAAAUCAAUGCUCAGAAGCUUGCCAAAGAAACAAGCCAAAGAAGUUAUUUUAUUACACUAUUCUCUGUUACCA